AUGCCCGCCAAGCAGAACAAGGACGGCCCCGGAGCCAAUGGCAGCACCAUUGCUCGGCCGCCACGUUGGGGCCGAUGGGGUCGAGGUCUUGGUGCCUUUUUGCGGCUCUUUUCUGUCACGUCGGGCAAGGAGAUGUCAAGGAGAUGUCGCCCAAGGAGACUCGGAGACGGACAAGGCAAAGAGGUUGCUGGACUCGGAAGCGCUUGCUGA